AUGGUGCUGCUUUCCGCAUGCAACCCGCUGCUGGACAUCGUGGCCGAGGUGCCCCGCGAGCUGCUGCAGCAGUUCGACCUUCCCUUCGGCGGCGCCGUUUUGGCAGCAGAAAAGCAAAUUGAAUUAUUUUCCAAAAUUCCCAAGGACUUCGAGUGCAGCUUUUUGGCUGGCGGCUGCGGCCAGAACACCGUGCGCGUCUACCAGGCCCUCUGCGGCAACAAAGUCCGUUCAAAUCAACUUUUUUCCAACUUUUCAAGUUUCGCCAACUUCCCCUUCUUGUGA